AUGCUUGUCUCGAGAAAAAUGUUCCAGUUGCCAAUCGAAGAAGACACCACGUCUUACGGUAAACGCCAAUGUGAAGUUUCAAAUUCUUCAAACGAUUGGGAUACUCUGUUGAACUCAGACAUCUCAACAGGUAGUCAAAUCAUGCAGUAUUUCAUGUGGAACAAUCGAAAUGCCUGUCAAUUAGUACAAGACUUUGGUGGUACUUUGUACAAGAAUCCAUCAGGGUGGGACGGACAGAAAUCGGUUUGCCUCGAUCCUAAACUAGCACCACAACCUGGUGGAUGUAUCGUCUACUCUUUCGGCAUCAAGAACGAAUGGUCUUUCGACGAACAAAUGUCAGAGUAUGGAUGUCAAGUGUUUGCUUUUGAUCCGUCCAUGGGCAAGGAUCAACACGACCACACCCCUGGCAAUGUCCAUUUUUACAAUUGGGGACUAGGAGAUCGAGACAAGCACGACGUUGACUACAACUGGAAGAUACGGUCGCUUUCCUCCAUUUAUGAGGAACUAUCUGCCCGUCACGGUCGUAAGGUCAUCGACUAUUUAAAAAUUGACAUCGAAUUCGACGAAUGGGUUGCUUUACCCGAUAUAAUGGCGUCCGGCAUGUUGUCCAAAGUGCGUCAGUUAAGCAUGGAAGUACACAUGGACUUUGAGGCUUCGUUGGAACAGCAUCGUGACUGGGCCAAGCUUUUAAGAUCGAUGGAGAAAAUGGGAAUGGUACGCUUCGAUUCCGAAUACAAUCCAUGGUACGUCUGUACUUUCAUCCAGUUUCCGUUGACGGGAUCUUUGGGAUACGAGAUUGCAUGGUAUAAUAGUAACUAUUCAUCUGUUUCCACCUAAAUAAAAAAUAAAUUUGUAAUGUCUCAAUGUGAAUCAAUUAUAAAUAUACAACA